CUCUCUCUCUCUCUCUAUACAGGUGCCUAUACAUACACAAUUAUUGUAUCUAUACAUGUUUGAAUUCAUAUAAUAUCAAUUUUAUUUGAAUUCUUUGUUGGGUUUUUUUUCUGUACCGCUCACGUAGCAAUUAAUCUCUCGGUUCUUAAAUUUUUUUAGAUUAAAAAGUUGGAAAAAAUGGAGUGUAUUGAAGCAAGAGCAUUGAAAUCAAGCUUUCUCUCGGAAAUUGUUGGCAUGAAAUCAAUCCAACAAGCUUCGUUUGAAGAUAUUUGGUGUGUGGCCGGAAUUAACAACGUUGUUAAUGUCUCCUCCGAUGAAUUUUCCGUUGACGAUCUCUUGGAUCUCUCCGACAAGGAUUUUAGUAAUUCUGGUGAUGGCUCGUUUGAGGAAUCCUCCGAGGAGGAUUUUGUCUCGGUUUCUUCUCAGGAUAAUGAUGGUAAUUCCAUGAAUUCCGGCAAUUUUUCAAGCACCGGCGACCUCGUCUCCCUUACGGCCGACGAACUCGCAGUUCCGAUUGAUGAUAUGGAAAGCCUUGAAUGGUUAUCACAAAUUGUGGAUGAUUCUGUGUCGGAGGUUCCUCUAUUGUGCCCUCCAACGAAUUUGAAGGAGGAAGCCGGCGAGUACGCCGUGAACCGGUUUGAACCGGUGGUUAAGCUUGCCACUAGAAGCUUCACGGUUUUGGGAUUACCUUAUCCUGUUCCGAGAAAGUGCAGAAGCGAACGGAAAAGAAAAGCAGGCCGAGUCUGGUCUGCCGGCUCGCGUUCACUCACUGAGUCGUCCUCGAGUUCAUCAUCAUCUCAUGACUCGUCCAUAACUUCUCCUAUGCUUUUCUUAAACCCGCUUCAGCUGAUCGAAUUUUUUAAAAAGCCGCCGUCGGCCAAGAAACAGAAGAAAAAUCAAGCUUUCGAAACCGGACCAGGUUCAAGUGAGUCACUGAGUCAACGCCGGUGUACUCAUUGUCAAGUUCAAAAGACACCUCAAUGGCGAACCGGUCCAUUAGGUCCCAAAACACUAUGCAACGCUUGUGGUGUCCGGUUCAAAUCCGGCCGGCUGUUUCCAGAAUACAGACCGGCUUGUAGCCCCACUUUCUCCGGCGACGUUCAUUCCAAUAGCCACCGGAAAGUGUUGGAAAUGAGAAAGAAGAAAGAAACAGAAGUUGAACCGGGUUUGAUAAUGACAGUUCAAAACGCUUCUAGUUAGAUAGCUGAACCCGGUUCAGUAGCCAACCCCAGCUCCGGUUUACAAUUUUGAUGGGCCAAUUUGAUUUUGAAGACUUUAGUUAGGUUGGUUAGGCUAGGAAGGUCAAUUUAGGUAAUUUAGGUUUUAUUAAAUUUUUUUGGUUAUUAUUUCAGGUGUUUUUUUACGUUUUAAAUCAGGCUAUAACGAGUUGUACUUUAUGUAAUAGAAGUUGUACUUUAUAUUAAUUCGGUGAAUUUGUUUUUAAUUUU